GGACACUGGACUGGGCGCCUCUUGUGUGUGUACGGCUUGGGGUUGGGUGUCUACUAUAUGCAGGUCACUGGACUGAGUGCCUACUUUAGGCGAAGCGCAGGACUGGGCCAUCUGCUAUAUACAGAGCAUCUACUGUGAGCAGGACACCAGACUGAGCGUCUACUGGGAUCCAUCCAUCGAUCAGUGGUAUUUAUAGAUCCCGCUGGACCUGAGCUGAGCCGCGGCGGGGACAGGAUGGUGGUAGAUCAGGAGGAGCCCCAACAGGAGCACCAAAGGAAACACGUCGCUGGGGCCGGGCCGGCCUUGAGCCUGGAGGAGCUGGGCCCCGAGGGCCGGGAACGUCCUGCCGCGGAGCAGAAAACCUUCACCGUGGAGGAGGCGGUGGAGACCAUUGGCUUCGGCCGCUUCCAUAUCGCCCUGUUCCUCAUCAUGGGCAGCACCGGGGUGGCGGAGGCGAUGGAGAUCAUGCUGAUCGCGGUGGUGUCUCCCGUCAUUCGCUGCGAGUGGCACCUGGAGAAUUGGCAGGUGGCCCUGGUGACCACGGUAGGUGGCCCUGGUGACCAAGGUGUUGUGGGGGUAAAAUGA